ACAGAAACGGUGAAUCGCUCUCUUUCAUCGUGUACAGCAGACGAAGACGGUAACAAGUAUAACGACGGCAAGCAGAAGAAGAAACAAAUUAAAAGACAACGAAUAAAUUGUCAUUGUGUGCAAACCAAAUUGAAAGACUACCAAGAUGAAACCAUUUGCAAGCAAAAGUACGAAAGGCAAGUCCAAUAGCAAAUAUAAGUGCAAGGCAAAGUUUUGGCAUAUCGAAAUCAAAGAGGAGAGCAUCAAGCAAGAGCCGGACGAUAAUGCACCUCUGAUUGUACGCCCGACAACACCAUCAUCGGUCGAAGCCAGUGUCGAUGUCAAAUCGGAGAGCGAAAGCGAUAGCGAGUAUUUGCGCAAUUACGUGAAGGAGGAAAUGGAUUGUAAAGGGGAUUUUGUGAAGAAAGAAGGUGACACCACGAAGGAAGCAGGUUCAAGUAAGGGUGCCAAUGAUGAUCAAGGCGAUGAUGACGUGGAAAAUCCAACAUCCAAUCCAAACGAUAAUCGUAACAAUGAACAACCCAAACGUCGUGCGAAAGGACAGAAAAACAACAAGAGCAAAGCUCCGAAAAAGUCAACGAGAAAGAUUAAGAAGUUGCAUCGUUGUACUUUUUGCAAUUAUAUCACACCAUAUACAUCGAAUCUCAAAAAACAUAUUCGAACUCACACAGGCGAAAAACCAUUCGAAUGCGAAGUUUGUGGGAAGGCUUUUUCACAAAAGUUCUCUUUCAUUCGUCAUAAAAUAGUCCAUGUUCCUGAAUUUUCAUUUCGUUGCUCGCAGUGUCGUCGUAGAUUUGUCGAGGAAGUUGAUAAAAUCAGUCAUGAAACCAAAUGCAAUGGUCGUCAGUACAAGUGCUACUUGUGCAAAUUUACCAAUCUGGUGUUGAUCCGUUUAAAAGUCCACAUGCGAAUCCACAGUGGUGAGAAACCAUUCGCAUGCCGUGUAUGUUCGAAGGCAUUUGUUAAUAAACUCAAUUUGAAGAGGCAUUCACGCACUCACCGCCAACAACUUCCAUUCGACUGUUCAAAAUGUGGUCAACGAUUCGCUGCUGAAGACAAAAAACAAGUGCAUGAAAAUAAAUGUAAACGUCGCCGAUUCGAAUGUCAUAUCUGCAAGAUAUACAAAAGUUUCAAUAAAGGUCAUUUGAAACUGCACAUGCAAGUCCAUCACACUGGCGAAAAACCAUUUAAAUGCGGUAUUUGUGAAAAGAAGUUUUUCCAAAAGAUUGAACUGAAGAAACAUUUGGCAACACAUGCCAAACAGCGUCCGUUCCGUUGCGCCAAAUGUCAUCGUUCAUUCAAAGAAGAAAUUGAUAAGAAGGCACAUGAGAUAGGCUGCAACCGUCGCCACUAUCAAUGUUAUGUGUGCAAAGUUUCAAUGCAUCACGUUACGCAAUUGGAAGGCCACAUGUGCAUUCAUCACAUCGGCGAAAAACCAUUUUCAUGUGAAUUUUGUGAAAUGCGCUUUGCAUGGAAAAAUGUUGCUAAUCGUCACAUGAAAAACGUACAUCGUUCGAAGCAAUAACGGAUGAACUCGAUGGAUUUUCUUCAAGUCAGCGUACAUUACUCCGCUGUUCUAAAACAAAUAAUGUAACAAUUAACCUUUUUAUAUCCAAAUUUUUCUUGAUUAUUUAUUAUCGAUCAAUUAAUUCCAAUAAAUGGAG